AUGGGUGUAAUAGCAAGUUGCUGCAGGGACAGUGAUGCUGACGAGAACGAGGCUCUUCUGGCGAGUCAGAACGGGCAUGGUGACCACAACGACGAUUACAAUGCAGUACAACGGCAGAUGAAGGAACAGGAGGAACAAUUACGUGCCAGAGAAAACAUGCUGAAGGAGAUUGUGGCAAAUACCAACGACAAAUUGAUCGACAUAUCGAUGAUCAGCAAUAGCGGGAUCGUGAUACAGGGAACAGAUUUAAAGAACCCGGAAUCCAGCUACGAACCUGAAGCCUCGCAUGGAUCUAUAACAGAUAAUGCGAAUGCGGAACAUGACGAAGACGGGCAUAAAAUCCAUACAAGGCCAAGAUUUGUCACGCUCGAGACGAACACAGCGAUGUCCGAUGAAAUGAAGAGCAAACUAAAACAACUGCAUGAGACGAUAUUCACGACUCUGGAUGAGCAACUGCGGGUGGAACCGACUGGGAAGCUCACUGUAACACUCAAAUAG